UCAAGCAUGAACAUGGGCCGUAAAUUCGUUGUGAUUAUUCAGAAUAGCAAAAAAACAGAAUUCGUUUUCGUAUGUUAGUAUAAAACUGUUUUGUUUUAAUUCCGUUGAUGGAAAAGUAAAGAAUACUGGCGAACGACAGAGAGAGAAAGAGAGAGAGAGAGAGUAAAAAAAAGGAAAGAAACGAACGUCGAAACGGUCCAAAAGUUUAUAGCCGAAGCAAACUAAUAAAAACCACCACAUUAAUGAGAGAGAGUGAACGAAAAAGAGCGCGCGCGCUCGCCUCGCACAAUCGUUGUCAAUAGUCUAUUCGAACGAAAUGUUGACCCAAAGCACCAAGUUGUUGAAAGUGUGCUAAAGCCAAAAACGCGCGAGAAUGGAAUGAAAUGGAAAUCAUUACCAAAAACGACAACGACGACGAAUGAAAGGGAAAGCACGGUCAAAAGCGAAAUGUGCAAUGCAUUUCACUCGAUAGCAAUUGAAUUGAGGGAUUUUUUUUUAUUCUGGGGGAGUGCGAAGCAAAGAAAAUUCAGAAGCGAGUGAACGAGCGACGACCACGACGAAAGACGGCAUGUUUUAUAAAACAUAGUGGAACCACCGAUUUUUAACACAUACACGCGACAUACGAAAAAAAAGAGCAAGAAAAUAACCGUGAUGAAAAUGAAAAAAAUAUUUUAUAAAUGAUGGACUCAGAACUGAGGAAUUGAAUUUUGUGGUGCGUGCGUGUGUGCGCUUUUAAUCGCUUCGGAUUAAGUUUCACAUCAAUGAAUUCAAAAUAGUUCGAAUGCCACACUCAUGACAACCACCAAACACCAACGGCAUGAUACAUUUAUUCGAAUUGAACAACAGCAACAGCAACAGCAACAGCAGCAGCAUAAGCAAAUAAGAAUUUACAGUGUGUAUAAAUACGCACGAAUUGCACAAGUGAACGAGCAAGAGGGAUAGGACGGGAAGGUGAAGCGAGCGGCGGAAGAGAGCGGCAGUGGAGACGACAGCGAGCUAGAAUCAUCAAACAAAUUUUAAUUUCGAUAACCAGAUUCAAAUGAAAAAAGCUUUAACAUGGAAUACCUAGAAUCAUCUAUGAAACCAUCGUCUAGCUCGAUCGACAGCGAUUUGGCAGCGGUGGUUAAAGACGCUUAUGACAUAUUUAUUGAUGGCGGAAACUCCGAAACAUAUUUAUCACCGGAUUUUAAAAUUUUAAAUAAUUCGUUUUACUUCAACGGGUCAUAUGAUGGAAAUUUGAACAACACAUCCAUCUUAACUCAAAGCAAUAUCAUCCACAAAAAUACUAGCGAAAUAGUAAAUAACACAACAGGCGAAGAUUUUACCAAGCUUGUGAUUAUGGCUGUUACGUCUAUAAUAUUAGGACUUGUGAUAUUAAUAACAGUUAUCGGAAAUGUAUUUGUUAUAGCUGCAAUUAUACUGGAACGAAAUCUACAAAAUGUCGCAAACUAUUUGGUAGCGUCGUUGGCCGUUGCUGAUUUGUUUGUAGCUUGUCUAGUGAUGCCCUUAGGAGCCGUUUACGAAAUUAGUGAAGGUUGGAUACUCGGACCGGAGCUUUGUGAUAUAUGGACAUCGUGCGAUGUUCUUUGUUGUACUGCAUCGAUAUUACAUCUGGUAGCGAUAGCUGCUGAUCGAUAUUGGGCGGUCACGAAUGUUGAUUAUAUUCACUCGAGAACCACUGGUCGCGUUUCUCUGAUGAUAUUUUUCGUGUGGAUAUCGGCCGUUAUCGUUUCGUUGGCACCACAAUUUGGAUGGAAAGAUCCCGAAUAUAUGGAACGAAUAGAACAACAAAAAUGCAUGGUAUCACAAGACAUCGGCUAUCAGAUAUUUGCCACGUGCAGUACGUUUUAUGUACCCCUGUUGAUAAUAUUAAUUUUGUAUUGGAAAAUCUAUCAAACUGCGCGAAAACGAAUUCAUAGAAGACGUCCAAAACAGAUACUUUCUGCCAACAAUAAUCAGGUUAAUAAAACAAUGAAGAAGUCCAAUCCACGAUUACGAUUUCGUCUAACAUCCAACUUUGCCAAUCACGAAAAAUCAGCCGUUUCAUCAUUAGGUUUAGUCGAAGGAAAUUCCACAAUCACCGUUAAUACAGUCGGCGACACGGACGAAAGUAGCACAGAUAAAAAAGGAAUUGAUAUCGUCACUACCACAUUCAACGACACGACGAAAGAGGUUACGACGUCACCUUCGUCUGAAGCAAUAGUUACAGUUUCACAGCAAGUGACAAAUCAAAAGUCUCAGCCCUUAAUGCAGCAAAUGGAACCGCAAAUACAAUUGCAGACGGAACUGGAUGCGCGAAAGGAGGGUCAAAGUAAAGAGGUUGAAUGUGGCUUAACAAUAAAUGAUCCGAGCAUCGGAAACGUUAAUGCAAAUCCAUUAUUGGUUUCAUCUUCUCCAUCACAUCCAAACCAUCAAAAACAUGACGAAAUCCAAAAAACACCGCCAUCAGCGUUGGGAACGACGCACCAACAAAGUCAACUCAAAAGUUCGAAAUCUCGCAAGGAGACAAUCGAAACGAAGCGAGAGCGAAAGGCAGCCAAAACGUUGGCUAUCAUAACGGGUGCGUUUGUGGUGUGCUGGUUGCCGUUUUUUCUAAUGGCUUUAGUGUUGCCGCUGUGUGGUGAAACGUGUUCCUUGAAUGAUAAAGUCGCUUCGCUCUUUCUGUGGCUCGGUUAUUUCAACUCAACACUGAAUCCCGUUAUUUAUACAAUAUUUAGUCCCGAGUUUAGACAAGCAUUUAAACGAAUUUUGUUUGGAUCCCAUCGAACAGGAUACUAUCGGGGUGGUAAGCUCUAGUAGCUAGUUGGUUUUACUUAUUACUAAGUUUAUUCGAAAAAAAAAACAAAACAAAAAAAAUCAUAAAUCAAAUACGAACAACAACAAGAACAACCAAAAAAAAAGAACGAAUCUAAUAAACAAACAUAAAGAACACAAAAAAAAUUAGAGUAUAGAAAUUGUGAAUGAUAAUUUAAAACACAAAAAAAUGAUAAUGAUAAUCUUUAAUAAUAAUAAUUGGAACACAAUAAUGUCUAUAAAAUUCACGGGAACCAAUGAGUGCGAUGACGCGCGCGCGCACACACACACACACCCUUAAGCUAUCAUUGUGCGAUGCGCGCUGCAUGGCACACGAUUGGCUCGAGGGAUUUCGAACAAAACAAAAAAAGAAAUUUGAUUAGUCUAGUAAUUUAGCUUAUGACAAUGAUUUACUGUUACUUGUAUUGAGGCAAUAUUUGUCAAAUAGCACUGCUUGACGAUAAAUUGUAUACGUGAGCGUUUGUUUUAGCCAUUGAACAUGGAAUCGAUGAAUGUUGCUUAUUUUUUUAACGGUUUCCAAAAGUGAAUAAGAGAAAAUAGCAAAAAUAAAAAGGAAUACAAACAAAGACCAUAGUAGGAGAUGAUGAAAAAAAAGAAGAAAAAGAAGAAGAAGAAGAAGAAGAAGAAGGAGAAAAACGCGAAGGAGAAAUUAAGCCAACUAGAUUCCAGCCUUCAAUGAAAAGCACCGAGACUCUUGGCACUCUUGCGAGAAACAAAAAAACAGAAAUUUUAUUCCCAUUAAAUAAGCGAUUAUUUUAAUAUUUUAUGUCGACAGUUUUUCCGGUGUAAUGCAUAUGAUUAUGAGUGUGUUCUUUUAAGCAACAUUUAGACGAAAGAAAAAAAAAUCCAAUUUCAUGAAGUUGCCGGAAAAAAAAGAGGCGUAUAACAACGAGAAGGUUUGAAGAAAUUAAAAAAAAACGAAGAUAUUCGAUGUGAAUCUCUUCAUUUUUUUUUGCCAAAAAACACGAUCCAACACUUUUUUUUCUAAUUGAAACGAUCUAAUCGAAGUCCAGUUCAUUUAGCUCUGAUACUUUGUGGUUUCCAUGUUGAAAUUUUGCCACUUUUUUUAUCUUAAAUUUCAAUUCGAAAUCAUAAAGUACUUCCAUGAACGAAUGGAAGGAAUGAGGAAAAAAACGACCGAAAGCUGUCCAUUUUUUAGGGUUAGCCCUCAAGUGCACCACGGCUGAUAACAACCAAGCUCAUUUAUAAAAGAAACGUCUAUCAUCAGAACCGUUUGGUGCUCUUGUGCUCACUAUAACCAAAAAAGUCACUUUUGUUGUGGUGUUCAACUCCUUUGCCAAUUUGUUAGCGCUUUGAGCCCUACCAAGAAAACAUUUAUUUUCCAUGGUUUUUCUCUCUCUUUAAUUUUUAUUACUGUGUUUUAAACGACUUUGCCACUUUUUAGGGCAAAUGAUUCGUUUUCAAAAAAAAAAAAAGUGACCGGCGUCGUCGCAGUCGAUAUUUUGAUGAUGUAUUGAUUAUAAUGUUCAAUGUUGGCAUCUUAUCGUCUGACGGAAAAGUUUUUUCUAGUUUUUUUUUUGUCAAAAUCUCUAGCUCCGCCAUCAACACUAAUCAGACAUUUUUGUUCCGGCAAAAGCAAAAUCUGAAAAAUAUCAAAAAUCAAAAUAAAAAAUGGUUCAAGACUCCAAACAACUGGACGGAGGUCACUUUUAUUUGAAACACUAAUCAAAUCUCACCAAAGAACUUCCAAUGAAACUUUUGCUCGCUUAAAAACUUUUUGAUGACUAUUAGCUCAACUGAAACAAAAUUUACUCUAUUUCCUUUUUGAAUAAUUUUAACGAAGAAAAAAAAACACGACAAAAUUUUUAGUCAAAAAAAGUACAUUCGCCUUAAGCCUUUUGAAGAAUUAUGAAAGAAAAUAUUUUCCAAUGAAUUGCUCCAUUAAACCACACACAUGUUCCGUUUGUUCUUUGCGUUCAGAAGCGGCUGUUCUUCAUUUCGUGUUAAUUUCGUUCAAUUUUGGGAAAUACGUGCAACCAAAAGAAUGAAACAAAAAAAAAAAUAACUCAAGAAUCAUUUUAACACGAUGGAACAAUGGGCUAAUGCCUUUCGCCACAUAUUGUUUAUUUUUUGUUGUUGUUUAGUCUUUAUCGAAAUUGGCACGUUAUCCAUUUGCAUUUUUGAUUCAUGCCAAAUACCGCCGCCCCAUUCUCUAGAUUUCUACGCACGCUCGCACAUCAAAUAGCGAUGAAACACACACCAAGUGCUCAUCGUCGUUGUCGUCAUUUUCCUCUGUGCUGCCAAAAUCUGGCUCAUUAUUACACUGUACAGCAAAUCGCAUCUAAAUAGAAAGACCACACACACAAUCGCUCGCAUUUUUUUUUUGCUGUACGAAAGACAUAGAGUAUUAUGUGGCGCGCGUGGAGAGACAAUUGGACUAUGCUAUGCAGCAUUUAACAGUCAUCGGAGUUAAAAGCAUGUUGACACAUUCAUUUCCUUAUGAUUUCGAGCAGACACACUGGCUGAUGAUACUCAAUUCGGGCUACUUAUGAUAUAGAAUAAAAAAAACAACAUGUCAGGCAAAUGAAACAGAACAGCAAAAAAAAAAACAGCAACACAAACGAGUAGGGAAAUAUGUUUUGAAUUUGGAUGCGAUUCUCAUCCUCACUAAUCUUUCAUCUUAUGAUUGAGCAAAAAAAAAACUUCACUGAUUUACUUAAAUGCAAAAACUAACAAACAACAAUUCUUAUUCGUUCCGUCACUAUUGACACAAGAAGAGAAAUGAUGAUUCUUGUUCGCUUUUUUUUUAGUUUAGUGUUUAGUAGUUACAAAAAACUGAAUGUAUUUAAAGAAGAAACAUGUUAUGCUUGAAAGUACCUGGUUACAACAACAACAAAUCGACAAUGAAUUUUAUUUUCGACACAUUUCAACCCAGCAAAUCAUUAGAACAACCAAAUAAAGUCUUAUGCGAUCCAUUAAAGGGGAAAAGGAAAAGGAAAAAACUUACUACUUUGAGAAGGAAUACUUUCAAUGACAUGGGGUAAAUCGGAAGGCAUUCUUCAAUAUAAAUGAAUUCAUACGUAGUUAAAAUGCAAAGCAGAGUGAAGAAGGCGCAGCAAUUGCAUUAAUCGAGGAAUUAUCUCUUUUGGAUCUCUCUCUCUCUCUCUCUCUCUCUUUCUCUCUCUCUGUCUCAUUUCAACGGAGAAAUUACGAAUCGCAUUGAAUGCAACAGUUAAUUUGGGCUUUUAAAUUACACGCAAACUUUUCAAAGCGUGCGUAUAUUCCAUUCGAACGCAUACACAUGCGCGCAAAUUCUAAAUCAAUCGAGUCAGCAUUUAUGUGGGGCGCAAGAGCUGUACGGCUAUAACCCCCCGCAUCGUCUCAACCCUGUGAGAGACUUACUUUAUGUUAAUGCUCUCGAAUAAAAAAUUCGAUGCACGCCAAAAUCAAACUUGAUUAACGGAUCAAAAGUGAGGCAUGUGAUUAAUGAUUUCUAUGUAAUUAUCUCGAUUACAAUACGCUGAAUGCCACCCCCUCAAAUAAACACAACAAGAACAACAACAACAAAAUGCGCAUGAUGUGCACAAUGAGUAUAAUUUUGAAUUCUCGUUGUACACACACACACACACACACACACAUAAAACCCGAGAAAACUUCACAUAACAGCUUACACAGCUCAUUUCCUUGCGUUAGCAUGAAUAAUUUUUUUUCCCUUGAUUUUUACUUUGAACUGACUAUAAUCAAAAUAAAUAAUAAAACCGAGCAGAAAACGAAACAAAAGAAUGUACUGAACUACAACAACAGCAACCGAAAAAAAAGAAGAGAAUAAUAAUAAAUAAAUAGGAGAGAAUGUGUGUGACGGCGUCGUUAAAAAACGAAGAGAGAAAUAUCAGCAGUUUUUGGGCAAGAGCAUUUCCGCGGGAGGAUGAUGAAUAAAAAAAUCUAGCUCAUAAUUCAUAUUCAUAGGGAAUACUUUGUUCUGUUGUUUUUCGUUUUUCUUUUUAUUUUAAACAAACGUUGUUGUUAUUUCUUUCUCACUACAAACCCUCCCCAUCCCCAUCCCCUUUCCUUCAUCUCUUUCUCCCUCUGUUCCUCUGUCCCUAUCUCUCUCUUUCUCGUUUUCCCAUCUUAAAAUCUGAUGUUUAACCUUGUUUUCGUGUGACGCGUUGAAAAGGAACAUAUCUAUUAUCAUUAUUUGUUGACAGAUUCACCCAGUUCGCAAUUACAUUUGAAAGACACAAGCACAAGUGGAAAAAAUUGUAUUGCGGUUUUAUUUUCUCAUUUUCUCAUCUGUGUUUUGUUCUCUUUCUCCCUCUGUAUGUGUGUGUGUGUGUGUGAAUCCACGAGUAUAAAUGAAUUUCUAAACUGGGAAAAAACAUAAAGAGAUUGUGUGUGUGUGUGUGUGCAUUUGAUGAAUAAUUUCUCGUCUCGCUUUUGACGGAAACUAUUUCGAACUUCAUUUAAGAGGCUACUUAAGCUCACUUUAGAUGCAAUUUUCUUUAUUAAUUUUGAUUGCUGAGAGCUGAAGAUGAGGAGCGAAAUGAAAGGAAAAAAUGGAAACAACGGUUAAACGGCCGGUAUUUUCCGAUGAAAUUGUUAAUUUUUUUUUUUUGCUCAUUUCACUCCAUCUUGCUUUAUAUUUCGGUAUCUGUAUCCUUCUCUUUAUUUCUCUUCAUCUCUUUCUAUUAUUUUGUGAGAAAGAACCUUGUUGUUCGAGUUAUACGUGAUAUUUUAAUGGAUCGAGAAUAAAAAAAAAAAAAACUAACCAUAAUAUGUAUAAAUGUUUUAUACACAUGGAAUGCACCACAAAACAAACUAUACGUAACAAACUAAUUUGGCGGCGGCUCACCAAGGAUAUAACAAGUGAAACAGUUUUGUUUUUCGUUUGUUUCGCUUUGAUCCUCUGAUAUUAAAAAAAUAUAUAGUUGAGACAUCCUUUAGAUAACCAAUUGUAUCGGUUGACAUUGAUAGCGCAAUUUUGACUUAAUGACCAAACACAAGUUGGCUAGGUUCUUAUUUCCAAAAUGGAACGUUUAUACUUUUUAGCAUAAAAUUAUUUUAAAUAUGAUGAAGAAGAAGAAGAAGAAGGAAAACUGGAUCGUUUGAAGAAUAGAAAUAUUAGAACGAAAAACAAAAGUCAAAAAAGGAAGAAAAAAAAAACCCUAAAAAAAUGAAGUAAAAGUAUCGAUGCAUUAGCCACACGAAUAUGGCUGAUGGAUGAAUUGUAGCUAUCGGAAGAUGUCAUCGUACAUGACAGACAAACAUAGUGGCGCAACAUGGAAUGCGCAUGAAAAAUUAGUUUACAUAGGAACAAGUAAAGAAAUAAAGAAGAAGAAGCAACAGCAACAUGACACAUUGUAUAGAAAACGAAUACUGUCCUCGUGCCGGGGAUAAACUAUAUAUAUAUAUAUUUCGCAUAGAUGGACAUGGGGAGGUUUUAGUCUCUUAUUAUUGUUUCUUUUUUUCUAUUCGUUCUAAACUAAAACACACUCCAAGUCACUAUUCAACAUUGUCGUUGGAUAGUCGCCAUUUUACCGAUUUUCAUCAAUGCCUUUUUAUCAGCAUUUAGCAUAUGCUAUGAUUAAUUCUUAUCUCGCGCUCUAUUCUAUUUCACCACACACACACACACACACACACACCGUAUACGCCAGGCAAGGCAGUCAGUCAGUCGGUGGAUUGAAUAUUAUGUAAAAAUGCAAUGACUUUUUUUUCGCCAACUUUCGCCGUGUCUCGUUCGGAAUCACCGGAUUUCGGAAAUAAUUGCGGUGAAAAAGGUGAAAUUUCAAGCCAUAUCAUUGUGUCGGUGAUUUCCGCAGGAAGUAUUUUUGCAUGCGCUCAUCGACGUAAUUAGCAAUUCAUAAAAGUGACUUGAUUAUAUACGGUAUACGUACGGUAUUUUUUUUCCUCUGUACUCUCCUCUCUCUCUCUCUCUCCAUCUCUCUCUCUCUCUCCAUCUCUUUUUUCUGUGUCGUUAUCUCUCUCUCACUCUCUCUUCCUCUCCCGCAACCUUUCCCUUUUUCAGUCAUUCUCUGUGCAUUCUGUGGUCGCUUUAUUGUGCAUACUCUCGUAUUCAUUGAUUUAUGUUUUAUUCCACAUUUGAAUUACAUGAGAGAGUGAGUGUGAGGGAUAGAGAGAGGAAGAGAGCGAAAGAGCAUGAGCGCGAAUUUUAAUGCAGAUUAAAGAAUUUAUUAGAUUUUUGACGAAAGUUGAUGUCAUUUCCCUUUGCCUGUCUUGCCUCAUCAUCCCAUCAUAUAUUAUACAUGGGUAAACAACACACCAAAAAUUCGAAAAUAUGAAGCUUACACACAGAGUGCGGACCGAGUUGGUGAAGAAAUGAUGAUACUUUUGAUUGGGAAUGUGUUUGUGUGUUUGUGCACGAGACAUACACACGCAAAAAAAAAACUCUCAAAUUGACAUGAAACGAUACUUAUGAUGUGAUGAAAGUUAAGUAAAGCAACACAUUAAAACACAAGCUACACGCUAUAGUUCUUAACCAGAGAAUAAAAGAGCUAAGCGCAUUUGCUGCGUUGAGUGGGAUGAAACUGUCAAGAGAAAAAAUCUAAUAAGUUCUUACUUGAAAGAAGCACACAGACAGACAUUAAAUGGCAUACAAAAGAAAGUUAUUUUUUUUUGCAAAAACUUGAUAUGAAACGUCAUUGAAGUGUAUUAACGAGGACUUUUAUGACGUAUCCUAUUGACUCUAUAUGCUGAUUAAUAUGCAUUGAUUUAAUUAUGAAGAAAUUAAACCAAAAAAAAAAUCUAAUGAAAUAAUAAUAAUAGUAAUAAUAAUAAGAAUAUAUGAAAACAAAACAACAAUUCUUCAAACCAGAUUAAAAACAUAAUAAUAAUAAAAAGAAUCCGUUUAUAAAAUAUAAAAAAAAAAUCGAAGCCAAAAAAAAAACCAAAUAAUAUCUAUUUUUUAACGAUUGUGUAUCAUUGAAUAGUCUAUUGAUUGUAGUGAUUGAAUACUGAAUUGAUUAAUUGCCAAAACAAAAAUAAUUUGAACAAAAAAACUUAUAUAUAUAUGUAUAUUUAAAAAAAAGAAGAAGAAGAAGAAGAUGAUGAAACUUAAAAUCAAAGUGAAAACUUUUUUCCAAUUUCAUGCCAUUACCGCUCCCAUUCAAAUCUCAAUAAUACACAUACACACGCAUACAGAGCAAAAUGAAAACAACACAACAACAUCAAACAACCAAAUGACGAGAAAAUUUAUUAGCUCAUUCAUCAUAAAAAUUCAAAUAAUGAACAUGAUAAUAACUGAACGAAAUAUUCCUUUAUCACAUUUACAUGAGUCAAUGUAGAAAGUUUUAUAUUAUUUAAUACAGUAAUCAAUAGAGAAAAUGACAGAAGCAAAACCAAACCAAACCAAACCAAACCAAAAGAGAAAAAAACAAACGAGAAUAAUAAGUAAAAAAAAAAAAACUUAAAAAAAUUCUAUAAAUGUGUUGUAAUUUUAUAAGCGACAUCUUCUUGUAUCAAAAUAACACACAAACAAAGAAUAACAGCCGCAAAAAGCAUACAGAACGUGCGCAACAAAACAAUGCCCGCACAGUUUCACAGCUAAGUUGGCUUACAUGGAAUUGGGUUGCGGCAUAAGGACCAGCGCGCCAUUUCACCUGCCAUCGAAGCAUCGCCGAAUGAUGACGCAUCGACAAGCGAACAAAAGAAGAAAAUGAUAUGAUAUUGAAAAAUAGAGAAUAGGGAACAACAUCAUAGAGAGGAUGAAGAGAGGAAAACAAUGCGUCGCUCGUUCACUCUCAAUAUUUCGUCAUGGUUUGAUGAAAAUGGGCGAUUUUCCAUGCAAUCAUACGAUGUGUGCGUGUGUGUGUAUAGUUGCGUUGUUCCAGGCAAUGCGAAUCAUAAUACUGAUAACAACAACAAGAAGAAAGAAAAAAAAAAAAUAAAGAGAAAAUUUCCCUGCGAACGCAUUUCAAAGUGACGAGUGAGUCUAUAUUUCACUGAUACACACACAGCAAACACUUUUGAAAUGUGAAUUCAGGGGAACAUUAAGAAUAAUUACGAAUGUACAUACAGAGCAUAGAAAAUAACAACAACAACAACAACAAAAAAGAAACAAGUUACAAAAUAAAGUUAUAAAA